AUGCAAAGAAAAUUGGCCGAACUACUUUCUUUGUUGAAAGAUAAAUAUCUGUUUCAUGAUGAAACAAACAAAAAUAUUCUGUAUAAUCAUGAGAUUGAGAGAUUUGCCAAACUUUAUCAUAUUACCAAUUUUUGCCUUGUGCUUUCAUGUUAUGAUUCAUUUUUUUGGUUAAAAGAUCCUAAUAGCGGUCUCGAGGAAAAUCUUUGCUACAUUGAAGAAUACACACUUAAAUUGAUACCAGUAAAAAAAGCUAAUGAAGAAGCUGAAAAAUGGUAUGAAGAAAAUAAACAUACUACAACUACAUUUGUGGUAACUGAUGAAUUACUAAAACCAUUAGAAGAAAAAAAGAAAGGAUCCAAUAAAGAUGAGAAACAAAAGAAGCGAUGA